AUGGAGGAGAAUGAUUUGGACCCAAAUACGAGCUUACAAAGGUGCACACUGGUGCCGAGAGUUUUCUUGCCCCUUUGUGGUCUGUAUGCUCUAACUGAUUAUGAAAUUAAAAAAUGGUUCAGGCUCAACAGAUCAACUAUUUUAGAUUUAUAUGGACUAAUACAACAUGAACUAGAAGCUAGCACAAGAAGGACAAGAUCUAUACCAGUAAUAGGGAAAUUAUUGGCUGUGCUACAUUUCUUGGAUACAGGAUCUUUUCAAUCGUUGUCCAGUCCAAUUGUAGGAAUGAGUCAGCCAUCGUUUUCAAGGCAUCUGGGUGUUGUGUUAAAGGCAAUUUUAAAACAUCUAAACAAAUAUAUAUGUGUUCCAAAGAAUUCAGAACAGUGGCACAGGAUAAAAAUUGGAUUGUAUAAUGUUGCCGAGAUUCCCAAUGUGCUAUGUGCUAUAGACUGCACUCACAUUGCAUUGGUACCACCUUCAUCAGUUGAGGAACAGUACAGAAACAGGAAAAGUUUUCACUCCUUCAAUGUCCAAGCAGUGUGUGAUGCGAAGCUUCAGAUUUGGGAAGUGAGGUCUGGGUUUCCUGGUUCAUGCCAUGACUACCACAUACUAAAGCAAUCACAAUUAUAUACAUCUUUCGAACGUGGUGAAAUGCCACAUGGAUGGCUAUUAGCUGAUAGCGGCUAUCCUUGUCGACCAUGGUUUUUAACACCUGUACCAAAUCCUAACAGCGAUUCUGAAAAUCGUUUUACCGAAGCUCAUCGAAGUACAAGGAGUGCAGUUGAGAGGACAUUUGGAGUUUUGAAAAUGUGUUUUAGUGCAUUGGACCGCACAGGGGGUGUUUUAAUGUAUUCGCCUGAAAAAGUCAAUGACAUAAUACUUAAAUGCUGUAUGCUUCACAACAUGGCAGUCCGGUGUGGAGAUGUCAAUAACAUCGAAAUUAUGAAUGUUCCACAUGAUGAUUAUUCCCCACCAGAAUUAAUAAGUCAAAAUUCCACCCAAACUGGAGUUUCUAACAGGACAGAGAUAAUAGAGAGAUACUUUGCCUGUGACACAAUAAUUCAUUGUUUUUGA